GUUGCCUGUUUUGCACAAUGAAAUCGAGGGCAAUCGACCGCUUAUCUCUCUCCUUCUCGGCCUUUUUUUCCCACACUGCACACCAUCCUUACAUCCAUCCUGCAUCGCGUAUAAAAGAACUAGGAAACGCUCUCAGCUAUGCUCGCAUUCAUCCGCUCUUCAUCUCUUGUACUUCCAACACGCACAACCCCCAAAACAUUCCCAACACUAAUCUUUCUCUUCAACCGCACCAUGUCCUCCUCUGCGUACGACGUUCCCUUCCCCAUCAUCAUCGACGAGACCCUGGGCGAGCGUCUCCAACCGAACGAGGCCGAGCUCACUACCAAGAUUGCAGACACAAUUGAGUCUGUCAUCCACAAAGAGUACAGAGAACCAGGCACCGCCCGCCGCGAUGUCCAUGCCAAGGCCACGGGCAUCCUCAAGGCCCACUUCAAGGUCCACGAGAACAUCCCCCCACAGUUCCAAUCAGGAAUCUUCAUCCCCGGCAAAAGCUACGAUGCCAUCAUCCGACUGUCAAAUGCCUCCGGAAACCCGCACCAGGAGGACGGACAUGCCGAUGGCAGAGGGUUUGCGAUGAAGCUCCUGAAUGUCCAGGGGCCGAAACUGCUCGAGUCGGACAAGAAUGCGACGACGCAGGAUUUUGUGUUCAUCAACCAUCCGUUCUUCUUCACUAACAGCACGGAAUCUUACCUCAAGGUCUUCCAAAAGAACGCUUCGGAUUCGGCACUCCAGAAACUGACGAUCCCGUUCACACUCGGUCUCAAGGGAACAGUUAAUGCGGCGGUUCUGGGAGGAGGAAAGAUUGCGAAUCCCCUCCAGGUGCAGUACUAUAGCGCGGUACCCUAUCAACUCGGUCUGGGCGAGUCCCGUCUCGCGGUCAAAUUCUCGAUCAAACCGGUCUCGCCCAUCAAGGAUGAGCUCCCCAACCAUCCCGAACACGAAUAUCUCCAUCAGGCAAUCAAGACCACGCUCGAGAAGGGAGAGGUCCAAUUCAAGUUUAUGAUCCAGCCAAAAAUCGGACUGAACAUGGAGGUUGAGGAUUCGAUGACGGAGUGGAGUGAGGAAGAGUCGCCGUUCUUGGAGGUGGCGACGGUCACGAUUCCAAAGCAGGAUGUGGACUCGACGGAGAUUCAGGCGCUGGGGGAGAGAUUGUCGUUUAACCCGUGGCAUUCACUGGUCGAGCAUCGGCCAUUAGGGGCGAUCAACCGAACGAGGAAGGUCGUGUAUGAGAGGAUUUCGAGGGUGAGGGAUCAGAUAAACGAGGUCCCACGCGAGGAACCCACUCAAGCUUAGGCGUAGAGGCGCGCUCUCGCUUUCUCACACAGCACACAUAGUACCGACAUCGUGCCGAUAUGGUGCCGACAUUUUGAGCACAUGGUUACUCCAUCGCCCACUCACCAUUCACUCGAUAUCGACGUUUUCAUUGCCCAGUGUUGUAAAUAUAAGACCAGUUCGAUCCUGAUCACUUGUUUUUCUCUCUCGCACACACACACACACUCUCUCUCUCUCUCUCUCUUUUUCAUCUUCAUAACUCCCCUCUCUACAGCAUCCCCAUCUUUUCUUCCAGACCAAUAA